UCAAAAAGAUUUGGCUGAACUAAACACGCAGAAGAGUGCCUCCGAGCUUUUUCCAGCAAUCCAGAGGUCCAUUAUUUAAGUCAGAAUGGGAGCGUUUAUCGCCAAGAUGUUGUUGCCCACCAUCAGCAGUCUGGUGUUCUUGCCUGCAGCCAGUGUGGCUGCAAAGAGAGGCUUCCACAUGGAGGCCAUGGUCUAUUUCUUUACAAUGUUCUUCACAGCGAUUUACCAUGCAUGUGAUGGACCAGGACUGUCCAUACUCUGUUUUAUGAAGUAUGAGAUACUGGAGUACUUCAGCGUGUAUGGAACAGCCAUCUCUAUGUGGGUCACACUUUUAGCACUGGGAGAUUUCGAUGAACCGAAGCGCUCAUCACUUACAAUGUUUGGGGUGCUGACUGCAGCUGUGAGGAUCUACCAAGACAGAUGGGGCUACGGCAUCUAUUCUGGUCCCAUCGGUACAGCUGUCUUUAUGAUAACAGUUAAAUGGUUGCAAAAAAUGAAGGAAAAGAAAGGGCUUUAUCCAGACAAAAGCGUUUACACGCAACAAGUAGGACCGGGAUGCUGUUUUGGUGCUCUUGCUUUAAUGCUUCGCUUCUAUUUUGAGGAGUGGGAAUAUGCUUACGUCCACAGUUUCUACCAUGUGUCACUGGCUGUUUCUUUUAUUCUGCUCCUGCCCAAGAAGAACCGGUAUGCCGGGACGGGACGCAACGCGGCCAAACUCAACUGCUACACCCUCUGCUGCUGUACAUCGCAACCGCCAAUGAAAGAGAAAGCACGGACUGUCUGGACCACUCCUCAAAAACUCUGGAAGCGGACCGGUGGUCCUGGCCUACCAUUACACAAAUCUCAGCCACGCACCAUGUAACGCAAGAAACUGUGUCUACUGAGAGCAGCCUGACAGUGAGGACAGUUAUACGACCUCCCAACAGGCCAAGUAUGCUUUGGACAACUUAUUCCCAAGGAUUGAAUGAUGCCCUGCUUGUCAAGUGUCUGUAGUGAAAAACGGGUUUUGAAGACCUGGUCUUUAGGACCAGGAGAAGCGAUGGCAGAAGAAAGGACCGAACGUACCGUAAAAGUCCAGCUGGAAAGUUUACGAGUUAGAAAAACAGCAGACGUGUUAUCUGUCCAAAAUGAAUAAAGGUUGCUCAGUAGGGACCACUUGUCUAUGAUCGUUUAAAUGAUCGUAAAAAGGCUAUUUAAUUCUGUAUAUUCAAGUGUUUGUGCCAGACAGGUCAGACAUCAUCUGGAUACAAAUAAAUGCAGACUCAAAAGAGUCAAACUGUUUGAUAUAUAGUGAAGUGGAUGGAAGUACAGUGAGAAACUUUAAAAUUAUUCAUUUUUUUUUACAUUUUAUUUUCUCUACCCUGUUUUUAAGUUUAAUCAACUUGACGAGUGAGGAGUUGCUAUAAAUUUUAUAGAAUUAGCUUAUUUCAACUUUAUUUUUAUAAUUUAUAUAAAACAUAAUUGUAAAUUCAAGUACAACAAAGACAUUUUUACAGUGUAACAAUGUUAUGUAUGUAAAUAUAUUUAUUUAUUGCAGCACCAUUGUUGAAUUUUUUGUUUGAGUGAUUUAAAAUUUUUAAGUGCAUUAAAACUUGACAUUUUUAAAUAAAGAAAUGAUUUGUCUUUUGGGUUUAUUAAAGUAUACUCUUAAUAACAGAUGU